AUGGAGAGUCCCGAAUAUCCGACAGCAAAUGGGCAUCUUGACCUGCCACAGCAGCUACCGCCGUCCCGAGCGACACGUGCCAAAGUCGACGAGGACGGCGACGACUCUGAUCUCGAAGAUCUCGAUGCGCUUGACCCGAUCACCAUUCCUGACAAUGACGAGGCACCGCUCACUAACCCACAUAGGCCGCCGCACAAACGCACGCAGUCCGAAGGCACGAACCUUGCUGACCGAGACCCCAAAAAAGCCUUGCUGCAGUGCGUCCUCCUGGAAGCCGGCAUUCUCUUUCACAGCAUCUUUAUCGGUAUGGCAGUAUCUGUAGCUACUGGCACCGCCUUCGUCGUCCUGCUCGUCGCCAUCUGCUUCCAUCAGACCUUUGAAGGCUUCGCCCUGGGUUCUCGCAUUGCUGCCCUCAUUCCAGCCUUAUUUCCUCCAUCGUCACCGAAGCCAUGGCUGAUGUGCCUGGCUUAUGGGGCUACGACACCGAUCGGGCAAGCUCUGGGAAUAUGGCUGCAUUCAUUGUAUGAUCCGCUGAGUGAGGCUGGGCUCUUAGUGGUCGGGAUCACGAAUGCUGUAAGCAGCGGCCUGCUACUGUUCGCAGGAUUGGUUCAGCUACUUGCAGAGGACUUCUUGAGUGAUCGGAGCUACGAGACUUUGACAGGGAGAAGAAGGAUAGAGGCCUCCCUAGCAGUUGGAGCUGGUGGGAUAUUGAUGGCUCUUGUGGGCGCCUGGCUUAGUCUCCCCAUCGUCGAAACACGUUGGCUACUCGUAAUCUGGAUUCGAUAG